AUGGCGUCGGGAUGGGGAAUCACGGGGAACAAGGGCCGCUGCUACGAUUUCUGGAUGGACUUCAGUGACUGCAUGUCCCGCUGUCGGGAGCCCAAGGACUGCACACUCCUCCGCGACGACUAUUUCGAGUGUCUGCACCACUCUAAAGAGUUUAGACGUCGUAACCAAGUAUACAAAGAGGAGCAGCGCCAACUGAGAGCAACUGCAGAGAAGGCCAAGGGAGGUGGAACUGAUGUUCAUCAUUGA